AUGGCGUCAACAUCGACCACGACUGCUAUCGAGCUCGUCGCGAAUUCCUCUCCAAGCCCUGGGUGGAGUCUGCGCCACGCCAAUCUCAACCAUGACAAACCACAGCCAUCCACGACAAUCGAUACCGUUGCGGAUCAUGUUCUUGUGGCCUCUCGAGAAGUUGAUUCAACGGCUCCCGAGGGAGGAUAUGGCUGGGUCAUCGUGGGCGGCGGCUUUGUUCUGCUGUGGUGGUCCCUCGGCACGACAUAUGCCUGGGGCGUGAUGCAGACCGCCUUGGUUGCGGAUGGCCUGGCUGAUCCGGCGGUGCUCUCCUUUGUCGGGUCGCUGCAGGCGGCCUUGAUUUCGGCGCUGGCCAUUGUGAACUCGUUGGUCGUGCGGAAGACGGGAGUACGUGCGGCAGCAAUGCUGGGAGCGGCGUGCAUGGGCGGCAGCGAGAUUCUCAGCAGCUUCACAGUCACGAAUGUCGGCGCGUUAUUUUUUACCUCUGGCGUGGUGAUGGGGCUUGGUGUCAGCCUAAUCUUCGCCGUGAUAUCGACGGUUCCGUCGCAAUACUUCAGUUCAAAACGGGGCCUGGCCAAUGGCUUCAUGUUUGCCGGAAGCGGCUUCGGAGGCGCAGCAAUCAGCUUUGCAUUGGACUCGUUGAUUCACAAGUUAGGCGUUGCGUGGGCAUAUCGCAUCCUCGGACUGAUGACGCUCUCAACAGGCCUCCCCGCUGCGUGGCUCAUGAAGGAGAGGAUUCCAGUUGAGCGACGGGGGUUCAUUGAGUGGAAGCUGUUCAAGUCACCGACCUUUGUGCUAGUCUUCAUAGGCAGUGCAAUAGGGACCUUCCCCUUGUUUGUCCCGCCAUUCUUCAUUCCACUAUACACAAGAUCCCUGGGCUUCUCUACCAAUGUAGGGGCUGGCUUGGUUGCGGGCUUCAGCCUCUCGUCUGCAGCUGGUCGCAUUCUCUCAGGCUUUGCAUCCGAUAAAGUUGGCUCCAUCAAUACCGUCCUCGCGUCGCUUGUCUUGACAGCCGUCACGAUGCUCGCAAUUUGGCCAACAUCCACAGCCUUGGCGCCACUCAUCGUUUUUGUCGUCAUCAACGGUGCUGCCAAUGGAGCCUUCUUCUCUACCAUGCCAACAGCCAUCAGCAAGGUGUUUGGGAGCGCCAGAGUGGCUGUUGCAAUGAGCAUGGUGGUCACUGGCUGGGUUGGAGGGUAUCUAAUGGUGGGUUUGCACUUCCCUUCUGUGUCCCGUGUGACCAUUGACAAGCAUCAUCUGACUGGAUUGGCUCGCCUACAGGGAGCCCCAAUUGCGGGCUAUAUAUUGGAAAGCUUUGGCGGCGCCGAUGGCGGUUUACAUGCCUACCGACCUGCCAUGUUCUAUGCUGGUGCGCUUGCGCUUGCAUCCGGAGUCUUCAUAUUUGGGGCCCGAUUCUGCAUUGAUAGUUCACCUUUGGCUGUCGUGUAG